AUGUCACUUCCUAUAAUCAGAGUUCAUUGGUUGAACGAAUCUAGAGCCUUCAGAGUAUUGUGGCUCUUAGAUCAUCUGAACUUGGCCUACGAAAUCAUCCCAUACAAGAGAGAUGAGGGUUUCCGGGCUCCUGAUGAGCUAAGGAAGGUACACCCACUGGGGAGAGCACCUAUAAUUACCAUUGAAGAUAAGACCACCAACAAGAUUAAGACUCUUGCUGAAUCAGGGUUCAUUUUUCACCACAUUUUGCAGAACUUCGACAAGUCCAACAUAUUGAAUAAUCCCAAUCCUGAUGCAAACGAUCAGAUCGAGUACUACCUUUACUAUUCCGAAGGCUCCUUGCAACCUCCGCUCAUGAUCGAGUUUCUUCUAUCCAUGGUAAACAAGGCGCCUAUCCCGUUCCCAAUCUCGUGGGUGGCCAGAAAAGUGGCUGGUACGAUAAGCGAGAAAUACUCGCGCGGUGAAACCAAAAACCAACUAGACUUUGUCGACAGUGAAAUAUCCAAAAACAACGGCUACCUUGUGGAUGGCAGGUUCAGCGGAGCAGAUAUUAUGCUGUCUUUCCCAUUAGAAAUGGCGUUCCAGCGUGGGUUUGCUAACGCAGAUCAAUACCCUAAUAUCGACAAGUGGUUGAAAAAGAUUAAGACGGAAAAAUCUUAUUCAGUUGCCAAACAGAAGGCUGUUGACCACGGCGGUAAAUUUUAG